AUGGCAACAUAUGAAAGAAUCGAAAUAGAAUUAGAGAAGGCAAGAGGAGAUUAUGAGAAGGCGGAGAAGAAUUUGCAGACGUUUGAAGAAGGAGAAGACGAUGGGAAAUGGCUAAAGGAGUUGAGGAAUAAAGUGAGAAGAAGCAACAUUAGUGAAGAGGAGAAGAGGCAGCUGGUAAGACUGGAGGAAGAAAAAGAAAAGUUGGAAACGACAAAGAUGAAGUGGGAUGACCAGGUGAUAAAACUGCAAGCUAAGUUAGUUGAAUUCAAUAAUGAAAAAGAACAGGAUAAGGACCGACGCUCAGUAAAUCUGAAUAAAUUUUGGAAAAAUUUAAAGGAUGCGAAGAUUACUGUACCCGGAAAUUUUCUCCAGCUCCCCGGGAACACACAUUUUUUAGGAGAACCAUUAGAACCAACCACCAUAUACAUCCGUAGAUGCUAUCGAGACCUAGCCGAUAUUGCUUUUAAUAGGGAAAUACAAAGAUUGCGUAUCACCGGAAAUCCCGGUAUUGGAAAAACAUUGUUCGGCUAUUAUUUGCUUUAUCUACUUGCAAUAGAAAAGAAAACGAUUUUAUACGACAACAAUGCUACGGAUGAUUGGAUUGUUUUUGACAAAGAAGAAGUCUUUUAUAUUGACGACAAAUCCGUUAUUAAACAAUACCAAAGUAACCCCGAAGUUUGGUAUAUCGUGGAUGGCAAAGAACCAAAGAGAGUUAAUGCAAAAACAAUUCUUGUCUGUUCGCCCAGGAAAGAUCAUUAUAGAAACUUUGAUAAGUAUAUUGGGACGACGAUACGGUAUAUGCCUGUUUGGACAUGGGAAGAAAUCAAUAUAUGUAGGAAUAAGAUCUUCAAUAAUCUUAAGGAAAGUAUGGUUGAAGAAUUAUUUUAUCAAUGGGGAGGAAUCCCUCGGUUCGUCUUAGAGAAGGUUUAUGAUAAAUCUCAGCAAAAGUCGCUCCAAAAUGCAAUUGACACAUGCGAUGAAAGAUUAUUGAAUUAUAUUGGCGAAAGUGAUCAUGUAAGUGACAUGAGUCACAAGCUCCUUCAUAUAUAUACUAAUGCCCCUAUCGAAGAUAUCGAAGACGAAAACGUUGAAAGCGGUGAAGAUGUCGAAGACGAUGAGAAAAUUGAAGAGUCGAUAGAUGCAAUUGUUGCACCUGAUAAACUUUUUCAAAUAACUAUUGCUAAGAAUCAUCCCAUUAAGUUAAAUGGUUUGAAAAAACUUAUCGACAAAUUAGGUGGCAAGUCGGGGAUUGGUGACAUUUACUUUUAUUUUGUCCUGCCAAAGAAUUUGUACAUGAAUUACCGAACACAACCCUUUCAUACCUCCAAAAAAUCUGUUGUCAAGGCUAAACCACAUUGGGUAAAAGAUCGAGUCAAGCAGUAUGCCUUGGAAAUUGAUUUAAGCUCAUACGCAAAAAUUACAGUAUAA